AAAGUUGGCAGCAACGUUUCUGUGAGCAGGCUCUGGGAGAUCCUGUUUUCAUUCACUGAGGAGAAGCUUGAGGAAAGCUUUAAAACAGUUUAAACCUCCAUGUUUUCGUACGAGUAAAGAAAGGUUUAACCCUCCAUGUUUUCGUUCCAGUAAAGUGGUUUUCCAGAACCAGGAUGGAGGGCACAGUGAUCGGAGCGGGUCCGUACAGAGCGACCAAGCUGUGGAAUGAAACCAUCAAACUGUUCCGAGGAGGCAUGCCGCUGAGAAAGCACUGGGCACACUUCCGCUGCUAUGAUUGCAGUUUCACAGGAUCCGAGGCUGUGGAUUAUCUGCACGAGCUGCUGAGACGGAACUACAACUUUGGGCCUGAGGUGACCCGCUACCAAACUCUGCAGCUGCUCAAGAAGUUUCUCAAAGCGCACGUCAUCGAAGACAUCAAGGGACGCCAUGGUACGGAAGACUUUGAAGACAGCGGCCAUCUGUACAGGUUCCCCACCCUGUCUCCCCUGAAGUCUUUUCCAACAAGGCCUCUGCUGAAGAUCGGCACCGACUUGCCCAGACUCAUUCGCUGGGAUGACUACGAAGAAUUGCCUCAGCGGGAAAACAUUGCACCUCAGAAGUCUGCUGUGAUGACCUCAGAUCUGUGGAACAAAAGGCACAGUGUAGCCAUUGGGGAUGUGCACGAAUGCAAGCUCAUACGGCGGAAAGAGAUCACACCAAAACAAGUGGACCACAUCUGGAAAACGAUGACAGUUGCACAUUUACAGAGAGCAUUGGGCCUGGAGUCAUUGGAUGGAGUUUUAAACCCGAAGCAUGUGAACAGCAAGCACAUCGUUCACAAUGUGUUCAAGGUUAAUAAGACGGGCAUUGUCGUGUUGGACAAUAAAGCAGAGGACAUGCCCUACUGGGUGAUAACAGCAAUGAAAUGCCUUGCUAAUUGGCCCAAUGGCAAUGAAACCAAACAGCCAGUGUACCCGGGUUUUGAGAGGGAUGUGCUGAGAACAGUAGGAGAUUACUUUCAGAGACUCAAAGAGCCCCUGCUGACUUUUCAUCUAUAUGAAGUCUUUGUCAACAUACUCAGCCUGCUGCACGAGCAGGAGAUGGCCACUGAGGCUCUUCAAGUCAGCACUCUCUUACUGCCGCCGCCAAACCGAAGACGCCUCCAGCUUUUACUGCGUCUCAUGGCCCGGGUCUGCCAGAAUCCCCACCUACCUCCACUCAACGACACUAUUGCUACCCGCACACUGAUGGUGCAGAUGUUUUCUCACUGCGUCCUGGGCUCUGUUGAUGAGAUGGACCUGGACGAGCUGCUUGCCACCAAACUGGUGACCUUCAUGAUGGAGCACCACAACACCAUCUUCCAAGUUCCCUCCAAGCUGCGUCACCAGGUUGAGGAGCACCUGUCCCACCUCAAAAGGGUCCAGAUCAAAUACGCAGGCUCCGAUACAGACUUCAGUUCAUCUCCAGCCUUCUGUAAACAGAUCAGCAGGGUGGACUCCGAGGAGCAGAAGGUGAUCGGAACUCAGACCCCCUUGCAGCAGCUGCUCGAAGGCCUGAUUGCAGACACAGAACUGCCCGCCAAGGACAAGAAGAAAAGACUCAAACAGUUUCAGAGGUCAUACCCAGACGUCUACCGCAAUCGAUUUCCCACUGAGGAAAGCAAAGCCGCCGUCAUACCUGAGAAAACCCCUCGACUCAAGCCUCACCUCAUGUUCUUCAACCUCAAGAAACCUUUCCAGCCCUUCCAGAGGAGCUGGAGUUUUAGGGCAUGAUCUGUCUCUGCUCUGACACCUCUGCACUACAGGCUGUAUGCACAAGGUAACACAAGUAUCAGAGGACAAGGAGCUCUGUAGCUGUUGUGAUGCUCUGGCUGCUGUUUUGCUCUCACACAGUUAAUCAUGAGAGUUACUGUAAAUAGUACGAUGAACUUUGUAGCACUCUAAAACUAAGAUGAUAAUGUAAGGGAUCAGUUUGAUGACACACACAUACCCUAACCCUAAAGGCUGAUUUAUACUUCUGUGUCGAAUCGACGUCGUAGCCUACGCCGGAGGUCCGCGUAGCUCCCGUACCUACUCAGAGGCCUACGCACGUAGCUGACGUGCACCUCCUCCAAAAUGUAACUACGCAUAGAAUCGACGCGGACCGAAAGCGCUUUGAUUGGUCCUCUCUGCGGCUUGUAUUUCCCGCAUUUAAGAUAAGAUAAGAUAAGAUAAGAUAGUCCUUUACUCGUCCCACAACGGGGAAAUUCAAGAGUCACAGUAACAGAGUAGACAGUGCAAAAAAAUAUAAAGCAAACAAGACCCUAUAAAGUAUCAAUUAUUAAAAAGUUAUUAGCAAUUUAAAUUAAAGAGGUAAAAAAUAAGCAUAUCUUACAACAUAUAUACUGUAUACAUAUAUAUAUUAUUGGUUAUAGAGUCUGACCACUACAGGAAGAAAAGACCUGUGGUAUCUCUCUGUGAGACACCGCGGGUGAAGUAGUCUGUCACUGAACGAGCUCCGUAGUGUUGUUAUGGUCUCCUGGAGAGGGUGUGAGGUGUUGUCCAUCAGAGAAGAUAGCUUUGCUAUCAUCCUCCUGUCAACCACCACCUCCACAGGGUCCAGUGGGCAGCCCAGGACAGAGCUGGCCUUCUUCACCAGUCUGUUCAGCUUCUUCCUGUCAGCAGCAGAGAUGCUCUUUCCCCAGCAGACCACUCCAAAGAAUAUGGCUGAUGCCACCACAGAGUCAAAGAAGGACUUCAGAAGAGCCCCCUCCACACCAAAUGACCUGAGUCUCCUGAGCAGAAAGAGUCUGCUUUGUCCCUUCUUGUACAGCGCAUUUGAGUUGUCUGACCAGUCCAGUUUAUUGUUCAGGUGAACACCCAGGUACUUGUAAGAUUUCACAAUCUCAAUGUCCGUUCCCUGGAUGUCCACUGGUGUGGGAGGAGGGGGCUUGCAUCUUCUGAAAUCCACCAUCUCUUCUUAGCUCGCAGUGCUGCACCGGCACGUCGUCCUCGCUUCCUCCUCUUCAGCUCGCGGGGCAGAUCGGGCCUCGCACCGGUUAGCAUCGCCAUGCUACGGAAAGCUAACAGCUGGUCCCGAGUGUAAACAGUGCGACCAUGGUUACACGAGAGAUUCAUAUCUGCCUUAUCGUAGAUAGAUCUUACAUUCUCCAUAACGGUGGGUGGAAGGACAGGUCGACAUCGUCUUUUCUUAGCUUACACCUCAGUAUUAGCACAUCAUCAUUGCCUCCUUCUCCUCAGCUUGCAGGGAACAUCAGGCUUAGCAUUGACAUGCUACGGCUGCUAACAGCUGAUCAAUGUGGCUAUAGUUACGUGCAGAAUCUCACACAGGAACAAAAAUAGUAAAAUAGUAAAAACUUCACUGCAAACCUAGUCAGUUUUGGUGUUUAUGGCCAACAAAUGAGUCAUUAAAAGUCAUGACAGGCUCCAAAUACAUAAUAACUAAACAGACAUGAAAAAAAGUCGAAAAAAGGACAAUGAAGAGAGAGCUACUGCAACAAACAACACUUAACAUUUACAGCACUUCCGGGAUCCCUGCUCAUUGGCCGCUCAUCUGCCGUGUAUUUCUCCUCUCUAUUCUUCAUGUAAUCAUGUCUGUAUGAUAAACAGCAACAUGUAUCAGCUGUAGAUUAACAGAACACGCUCUGAAUCGCUGUGGAAAAGGAAACAGAGAUCGUAGCGGGCUAUCCGGCUAUCAGAGAGACCACACUGACCUCAGGCGUUUCGGUGGAGAACUGCUGCGCGUCACGGACACAUCAACACACAAGUAAGUGGUGCUCAGGGGCGAUGCAGAAGUAUAAAUCAGCCUUAACCCAACAGUAUUCAGAGGACAGUCCGAAUUGUUCCUUGUGUUAUAUAUUGGUUCAGUUGCAAAACACUGACAGCAAAUGUUAAACUUUAGUCUAGGACACUAUAAACCAAAAAACUGACCCUUUAAAAAAUACAUUUGUACUUAAUGUAACAGUAGAAAACUUAAAAACAUAAAUACCACUAGCACUGAAAGAACCACUGACGUUUCUUCUCAAAGUGAACUCUAGUUCUAAAAUGUAGUACUUUGCUCUCUGUCUACUAAAAUGCUUUAGGAAGGACUGUAAGCAUAAAUGGCAGGUCACUGAGAUCGCCAUAUAUACCUUGAAUUUAAUUGAAUGAAAUGCAUUUCAAAAGUAUCACUAGAUCAUUUCUUAACAUAAAAGUUUGAAAAUUGAAUAAUGGGCACGUAUUGUGACAUAGUUUUGUAACGUGUUAAAAACACACACAUGCAUUUCUUGGUAUCAAAACCAUGAGCUUGAUUUUUGCAUUUCUUCCACGUGAACCUGGUCCUUAUGUCGUUGAAUCUUGGAAACUUGGAGCCCGGACACUUAAAUGAACAUAUCAAGGGAUUGCUGAGAAAGGAAGUGUGACUUGUUACAUAACUGAAUGUUCUUCAGAAGCCACAGAUAAAAUCACAACAUAUGAGAGGAAAUCUGUUCGGCCAAGAUACACUUUGUCUGUGAAAUGUUCUUUUAGUCCUGAAUCCUGCUCUCAGAAAAGGGAAAGAUCGUCACACCCCUUGCUCUCUCAUUCCUCCUCACAUCUUACUUGAAAGGUCUUACUGUACACGCACUCUUAAAACAACUCAUUUCAUGUUCUACUUGUUGGUUUUAUUCUGUAUAUAAGAACUAUUUUCCUUGAUUGGUACAUAUUUGAAUGUCUGUCAUACUCUUUCUGUUUUCAGUGUGUUUUGUCAUUUUCUGUACUUUGCUGCUCUUUCACUUCAAUCAGGUUGUUUUUCACUUAAUUUGAGACUUAGAUGAUUUAUAUUUUUGUAACAAUGUAAUACUGAUAUAGCUGUAUAACUUCUUAGAAAAUUCUCUGGAACAAAUCAUGCUGGAAUAGCUGUUACACUUGAAUUGCUGCUCUUACCUUGAAAAAUGCUGACUUUCAUAUAAAACUUGUGUUUGGGCAAAUU